GUUUCGGGCGCGUACUAAACCGGGAUAGGGGAGAAGAUUUUUUCCGGUCCGUUGUAACCGUCGCAUUCGAGCAUUAGGGCCGGUCGAUCGCCUUCUUCGUCGUACGAUUCCGCUGCGACCCGCUUUCUCAGUUGUCGUGGAUGGAUGGGCAGAUCGUUGGAUCCGAGAUUUCUCUGCAAGAACCGAAGCAGAAAAUUUCGGUCGCCGGUUUAUAAGGAUAGACCAGUGCAAGUCAUUCGUGUCGUGCUUUUCGCGGCGUGGUUUCUUUUGGUCGCUGUUGUUGUUGCGAACCCUUUUCGAUGGUAGAUCAUGGCAGAUUGCUGGAUUUUAUUUGGGUACAGUUGAACCAACAUGAGUCAAGCACAUGAUGAACAGCGGCCUUUCUUUCCCUUUGGAAAUCCCCUUCGGAUUAUGUUCCCCAAGGGAUCGAAUCCAUCGGUGGAGACUCGUAAAUUAUUGUUCUCUUUUGAGCAAAGCCUGGCAGAAAACCUAAAGAAGCUCAGCCCAAAGGAUGCUUCUGAUGUCUUUACACUAUCUUGGAUGAGUCUUGCUAUCGAGUUCUUGUCGCAUACACACAAUAGCAUAAAAACUCUGAUGAAUGAGCUUCAGUUACCCGUUUCCGAUUGGGAUGAGAAGUGGACCAACAUAUACUUGGACAGCAGCGUGAAGCUGCUUGAUAUUUGCAUCGCUUUAAUCGCCGAGCUAUCCCGAUUGGAUCGAGGCCAACUUUUCCUCAAGUAUGUGCUGCAUCUCGUGGACAUCUCGACCGGUUGUCCUUCAUCAGAAGAACUCGCCAAGGCUCACUUGUAUCUUCAUGAAUGGAUCGAACGCAUUGAUUCGAAGAGUCCCAAACUAGAGAACUGUCCUGCCAUCAUUGUGAGUCUUCAAGGAACGCUUGGUUUCCCAAAGGUCAAGAGCUCCAAAGGGAAGGCACUCAUGAGAGCCUUGUACGGAUUUAGAGUUAUGACUGUAUUCAUUUUUGGCAUCUUUUCGGCGACAAUGUCAGGCUGCUCAAAGCCAUCUAUAGACGUGCAUGCUUCCGAUGGGUUCCUCUGGUUUGAGGCGUUCGGAGACUUGCAAGCUGUUGUGAAUGGGGAAUUUAAGAGACAGUUUGGAAGUGGGAAGGUGGCAGUGUUCAAAGAGAUAGAAGCGGUUAAAUUAUGUGCUUCACGGUUGUAUGAUUUGACUAACGACGUCAAUUAUAAAGAAGAACCUGCACAGGAUAGCGAUGGGAUUAAUCUUGAAGAUGGAUCCAUUACACCGGGGAAAGGUAGUGACCUCCGACGACAAUGGUUGCGAGACUGUGUUACCAAUCUGGCAGCCGGAGUACAGACGCUUGGCCAUGAGCUAGAUUCUCUUUCGAAGCAAGCUGAUCACUUUUUCCAAAUUAUUUUAAUGGGGCGUGAUGCUUUGCUUUGUAAUCUUAGAAUGUCUAUGGUGACAAAAGACAUUAGUGUUAAUGCCUUGAAGUCUUGAUGUCAGAUUGUUGUUCUAUGUAUUCUCAGUGUCUUGUUGGAUUUUGGGCCCAAUUUCCUUCGUGUUGAUAAUGAACUUGAGAAGGGCAUGCAAUGUAUCUUUGUUGUACUUCAGUUAUGCUGUAAAUAAGGAGCAAGCUGGUAUUUGUACUA